ACGUUUGCAUGUAUCAUGCGUAAACGAAGAUGUAAAACAGAGACGAAGAACAACAAGGCUGAAAAGAGGGAGGAAAGAGAAGAGUGUUCACGUAACAUUCUGAGAUUCUGUAAAUGCAAACUGAGAAAACACGUGCUGGCAGUUCCACCUGGUCUCGCACACAUACAUACGUGCCUUCUAACAAUAAUUUCUUCGUUUGCUCAUUAUUUUCGACACGUUGCACUCGACAAUAACUUAAAGUGUGAUAUAACCAACAUUAUGAAUCCUGUAUCGCCUAUUACACCAGCUCGAUUGGCGACGAUCCAAAGACACGCACGUUGGGAACAGUAUAUAAAUGCGUUGCUGGCAGACCUGCAAAACACAGUGUCAUCGGAAGGAAAUCAUGUCGGUAGCAACGCGACUCCUGGUUACGGAUCACUGAACGGCGCACGAACCACCGCCUACAGAUCGUACGAUAAUCGAACUUCUCCUCUUCCGCCGCAAUCGCCGACUUAUCAGAACCGCGAGGCGAUCGAGGAGAGCAUCGCGAAGAGUAGCGGCGGAGGGAAGAUGCCCUCUCUGAACAAUAACCUGUCGGAGUUGGACACGUUGCUCCAAGAUCUAAGCAACGCUCGUUACAACGCUCAUUAUCAGGAAAGAGAUAGUCGCAUUUCCUCGGGGGGGAUGAAUGGAGACUCUAGUCCGAUGCUUCGUUCGCCAAGUAGCAUGUCAGCCUCAAGACCCACCGUCGACUCGUUGCUCGAGGAAUUGAGCACCGCGGUGCCAAACGGAGAUUAUCCUCCCGAUGGUAGAGUGAAAGUUACCAUUCAGGAAACGUCCACGGAGAUCCAACCCGUGUACGACGGUUACCCUUCUAGACAGCACGGAUCGUUGAGUCGCAGCGAGGCCCAGAGAAGCUAUACCAAUGGUCACACCGCCAGUAACGCUACCAAGGAGCUUGACGAUUUAAUGGCUUCCCUCUCCGAAUUCAAGAUUAACAGUAGUUCCCACCAACAUCAGACAGUGACCGAUUCACCGUACGCCAAACCGAACAAGGCGACCAAGAGUUCGCAGAGCCCGUUGCCACCCGAGGGCACGCAGACUCGGAUUCACAUCACCGAGACCCAAACCACUCAUCAUUAUCAGCAGCAGCACGGAGAGCCUUAUCCGCCGCAGCCAGCGACUCAGACCAAACAGAAUCAAUUGGAUUCUAUGCUAGGGAACCUUCAAGCCGACAUGAGUCGCCAAGGAGUGAACACUACUCAGAAAGGAUGCUGCAGCGCUUGCGAGAAACCGAUCGUGGGACAAGUGAUCACCGCUCUGGGAAAAACGUGGCAUCCUGAACAUUUCACAUGCACGCACUGCAACCAGGAACUGGGCACGAGAAAUUUCUUCGAGAGGGAGGGCCAUCCGUAUUGCGAGCCGGACUAUCACAAUCUUUUCUCACCGCGUUGCGCCUACUGCAACGGCCCCAUUCUAGACAAAUGCGUAACCGCGUUGGAAAAAACUUGGCACACGGAGCACUUCUUUUGCGCCCAGUGUGGCAAACAGUUUGGAGAGGAGGGCUUCCACGAGCGAGACGGAAAGCCGUACUGCCGGGAGGAUUACUUCGACAUGUUCGCCCCGAAAUGCGGCGGAUGUAAUCGUGCUAUCAUGGAGAAUUACAUCUCCGCCUUAAACAGCCAAUGGCAUCCGGACUGUUUCGUCUGCAGGGAUUGCAAGAAGCCGGUAUCUGGAAAGUCGUUUUAUGCAAUGGAGGGUAAACCCGUUUGCCCGAAAUGCGUCGGCGUCGACGAUGACGAAGAGGAAGAAGAAGAAGCAUAAAGGCCGAUGGCCACAGGCCGUCGUGUGUUGCUUCGAUUUCUUAUGUAAAAAGCCCUAUUGUUCCCCUCUUUAUGCUGUCAGGCUGCUACAAUGUACGAACCUGACAUCUCCCCCCCACCCCGCCGCCCCCACUCCUCCAAAUUUUCUUUCAACAGGUGAUUUAGGUGGUCCAAAAAGAAUGAAUGCACCGACUCGAUGUCAUCCACGUCGUUAUCUCGUUGUCUCUCGAAAUCAUUGUUCAUUUGCAUACACGAACAUACAUACCACGUACACGUAUAUGGAUCAAUGUAUAGCACACGUGACAAACAGUUAGGGCUACAGUUGUUAGGGAGGGUUACAAUGGCGUUCUAUGGGAAUGCUGUCCGAGCAUCGAAUUGAAUUUCUUUUUUGCUGUCAAAUUACGUUUUUUCUAGAUAGAUGAGCAUUAUUAACAAUCGAUCAAUCGUUACGCUGAUGUUAAUUGCUAGUAUUGUAUGCGAAAUAAAAAAAUAAACUAGGGAAAAAAAAA